AUGGAUGAGGAAAACGUCCAUGAGGUUCUGAUGGGACUCACACUCGACCAAGCGCAGUUCCUUGGGUUCCAGCAGAGGCAAGACAAGCUUUCUGCACGGCUCAAUCAACUGACCCAAGUUGUUGAGCGAAUAGCCUUGGCGCCUGCUCCUUCACAACGUGCACAUCAAGUUCCUAGACGGAAUGUUCAAGUGGAAGAUGAAGCUGACCAGGAGGAUGAAAUUCCUGAAGAAAAAGAGCAGCCGAUUCCACGACGACAACAAAGGGUCAUUGGGAACAAUAUCAAGCUGAAGAUUCACCAAUUCAAAGGUAAGCAUGCUGCCCUUGAGUUCACUGGUUAUGCUAUUCUCUGGUGGGAAAUUUUAAAAGCACAACGAAGGAGAGAUGGCGAGACUGAGAUUCGUAGUUGGUGGGAAAUGAAAAGACUUAUGCAUAGAAGAUUUGUGCGUGAGUACUACAAGAAACAACUUUAUCAUCAAUUGCAAAGUAUUAGGCAGUGUGAGGAUGUGAUAAAGCUGGCCGUUAAGGUCCGAAGGCAGCGGAAACGUGGCCAACUAACUACGCCACAAGUGCUCAACCUGCAGCCGGUGACCAUCCAGAACCCUCACACUAUCGAAAGUGAAGUUGAAGAGGCCGUUGAAGAUGUUUGUGUAGUUAUGAGUAAGGAGAAAGUAGAAUAUGCUGAUGAGGGUGAGAAGCUCAAAGCUCAGCAAGUCGUGAGUUCGGAAUCAAAGUUGGAAGAACAGCGGGAGUGCUUGGAGAACAUUCCGAAGAAUAUCAACAGCGGGUUCCUAGGACUCCUCCAAGCCCACCUCCCUGUCUCUUUCUCUGUGUUAUUCCUUUUGUCAGGCAACACGGAGGACCCCACCAAGCUCACCUCACUCUACGACUCCUCCGCGGCGCAGCCCCUUCUCUCCGCGCCGUCGGAGCCCCCCCAGAACGAUGUGGAACAAGAACUUGAUCCGAUCCAGUACCUCCAGAUCACCUACAACCAUUCCCCCAGGCCCCUCUGAGACCUCCCAUUCUUCAUCAUCUUCGCCCUCAGCGUCCUCUGUACUUUCACUUUCGGCAUCUUCUCCGUCUUCCACUGCAACAACAGCUACUCCAGUCUCUCCGCCUACACUUACAGCUCCACUUCCGCCUCGUGCGUCAAGACCUUAGCUUUUGCCUCUGAUUCGACUUCCCUUGCUCGUAAUCGUGGUUUCGCAUCAUGGGUCUCGCUCUAUUUGGUCUCUUCAUCCUGUGUUCAGCCUGAUUUAAUAUGGGUUCUUAUCAUCACUCUGAUCUUGAGCGUGCCCAUUUGCUUCUUGCUCCUCGUCCUGCUAAGUACUACGCCAAGAAAGAUUGUUUACGUAUGUCUGCCCUUCGUCGUCAUGCCCAUGUUAUUUAAUGUCUACUAGUUUGUUGCUUGCACAGUUAGCUCUAGCUGUAGUAAUGUCCCUCUGGUGUAUAGGAUCAUAGUACUAGUGUUUGUGGUCCUUGUGAUCGGGAUCAUCCUUUGGAUCUUUGGCAGAAUCGAACUGACCAUCAGCAUAAUCGAGGUUGCCUCGGAUGCUCUCUUGAUGAACUUGGGACUGUUCGGGGCGUUGCCGUGUAUGAGUAUUGGCUUAGUUGCUUAUUAUGCCCCCAUCGUUGUGUUCUUGGUGUUUGCGAGACAAAAUGAGAAGAUUGUGCGGAAGGAAUUAUCCGAUGGGGAGUAUACUUGUACAUUGAAGCAGGACAGCUGGGUGCCUGCGUACUUUGCUCAUGCGAUUCUUAUGGUGUUGUGGUCAUUAACUUCUAUGAUCGAAGCACAAGUUUAUAUGAUAAGCGGAAUAACUGCAUAGUGGUGUGAGGGACUAAAUUGAUGUAGCGAUAACUAAAUUGAUGUAGUA